CGGAAGUUAUUGACCCUAAUCAGCGGGGUUAUUUGGAACUACUGAAAUUUGAUGCGACUUUGUAACAAUUGUAAUUGUAACGGGCCACGCAAGCAGGGCUGACGACACCCGGUAAUCCCGAAUCCCGGUAUUUUAGUAUUUAACUUACUUUCUUAAUAGGUGUACAGUGUAUUCAGUCAAACUCAAUCGUCAUGGCAUUGUCAAUUAAGGUUGGAAUUAUAGGAGGUACAGGAUUUGACGAUCCAGACAUCUUAAAAAAUCGCAAAGAAAAAGCUGUGUCAACACCUUUUGGAAACCCAUCUGAUUCGUUAAUUUUAGGAGAAAUAGACGGCGUUCCAUGCGUAUUACUAGCUCGUCAUGGUCGAAAACACGAUAUUAUGCCCAGUGAUGUAAAUUAUAGAGCCAAUAUUUGGGCCUUAAAAGAAGAAGGAUGUACGCAUAUUAUAGCCACUACAGCUGUAGGCUCGCUUCAAGAACAUUAUAAGCCUGGAAGUUUAGCUUUAACGGAUAGCUUUAUUGAUAGAACGACAAAUCGUAAACAAACAUUUUAUGACGGCGAACCUGGACAUCCUGUAGGAGUUAGCCACAUCCCUAUGGAACCAGCCUACUGCCCGAAAACUAGAGAAUUGAUUCUAGAAGUAGCUGAAAAACUUGGAAUUUCCAUAAUUAAAACUGGUACUAUGGUUAUUAUAGAAGGUCCACGAUUCUCUACAAAAGCUGAGAGUAAAAUGUACAGAUCUUGGGGCGGCGAUAUCAUAGGAAUGACACAAGUUCCUGAAGUUGUUCUUGCGAAAGAAGCUGCCAUUUGUUAUGCAAAUGUUUCUUUGGUGACUGACUAUGACUGCUGGAGGGAUUCUGGUGUUAAAGUAUGUGUACCCGAAGUUAUGAAGACGUUUAGGGAAAAUAUUUCUAAAGUUAUCAAGCUGGUUUUAUCCGUUGUACCUAAAAUUGGCGAGACUGAUUGGCAUAAGACAAUUACAGAGUUAAAGGAAGUGCAGCAAAGCAGUGUGAUGUUGCCACAUUAGUUGCCCCCAAGUUGAAGGAUCCAUUCUACAUUCCUACCUGCCUAAGUAUUUUAAAUUAAUGACAUUAUUUUUCUACUACUGUUACAUAUACAUAACCAAGAUAGAUGAAGACUAAUUUUACAAUCUUGAAAUAACAUUCCGUACUUUCAUAAAAUAUAUAGCACACAAUAUUUGUUUGUUAUAGCACUGUAUUUUGUCAUAAUAAAAAAGUAUCAAUAGGUA